AUGGACUGCUGCCAUGGACUGCAUCUCUGGUCUGCUGCCGACCUCCUCAGGCUCUUCCAUCGGCUCCCGGUAGCCGUCCCCAAAGAGGAGACCCUCGAGGUGACGCUUGCUGCAGACCACGCCCUUGAUGAGCCUGCUGCGGAGCCUGCUGCGCCCGCCUUUAGUGAUGAAGGCGCCGAGGCUACCGAUUCGGAGAAGGAAUGUGGUCCUAGCGGUACAAGUGCCACGGAUGAUGUGAGCGGAGACGAUCUGAGCGAAAGUGGCCACAGCGACCCGCACAGCAUCACAACCACGAUCAGUGAGGGAGCUGACACUCUGGACAGCCUUCGAAGCGAGAACACGUCGCUGAAGGAGCUGCAUCAGCUGCAGAGCCAACUCCUGGUGACUCAUCAGGCACAGCUGAAGCUUCUGGAGACUGACAUCGAGAAGUGGAGAAUGCUCUACUCGUACCAGGAGACGCUCGUCACCCACAUGCAGAACCAGAUCGAGGACUACGCGAACGAGAGGAAGUGGCUGGAGGACGAAAUCGAGAAAAAUCGAGCAGAGCCCGAGGUGCAGCUGCGUGAGAACCUGCAGAAAAAUCGGUGGGCCCUGGACUGCCUGACAGGGAAGCUGACCGAAAUGCGCGCGGAUCUUGAAGACUGCCAAGCUGAGGCCAGCAACCGCGUCCGGGAGACCUUGGGCGCGAAAGUGAGGCCCAUGUCUCAGGGAUACUCUCUGAAACAGCGUGGUAGCAUGCGGGCAGCCUGUAUGCUUCCUCACGAGCUCACGCUCCCGGUUGAGACCGCUUUGACCACUGCAGACAGGGACGAGUUCCUCUUCGCUCGGUUCUCAGAAAGUCUAGAGCUUCGCCUCCGAGCCCGACAGUACUCAAUUGUUUUGUCCAUGGUGAAGGCCCAAGGUUCCAAGGUCCUCAGUCGAGUGGCUCUUCACGCGCUCUUUGGUGUCUUGGAUUACGUGGUCUGUGUUGGACAUUGGAUGUGGGUGUUAGUUGUAGGUGCAGCACCGCCAUGCCCACCUUCCGGACAAGUGGUGCAGGUGAAGAUCAUCCAGGUCGAGAAGAUCCAGAACAGGAAUUUUCUGAAGCGCUACAUGCUGCGACGUGAGGAGGUCACGGAGGAGAAAGACUGCGCUUGCCCCAAGAUCCGGGACAUCAAGACCCGCAUAGACAAGAAAGUCAGCGUCCGUUCCUUCGAAGAGGAAGUCUGCCCAUGCCCCGACUCGAAGCUGAACGAAGUGCUGCUGUUCCAUGGCACCACGGAGGAGAAGCUCACUGGAAUCCUUCGCUCCGGCUUCGACCCUCGCCUCGCGGGAAUGGGCACGGGCGCCAUGUUCGGACAAGGCAGCUACUUCGCCCACAACGCCUCGAAGUGCUUCCGCUAUGCUCGCCAGGGUCCAUUCUUGACCAACGGCACACGCAAGCUCCGACAAACAGUCCUGGUGGUCCGGGCAUUGCUGGGGACCCCGCAUUAUCAAA